AUGCAUUCAAUCACCCUCAAAGCUGCAUUGGCCCUCCUAGGUGCUACAUCUGUGGCUGCUUCAUUUGCGAAUAACCGGUUAUGUCUGAAGCUCCUGGCCCAGGGAGUGGAGGUAGACCUACCUACAACCAGUGACUAUGAGACCGAACAGAUUAACUACUGGUCAACGGCAUGUAGCAGUCUACGACCAGACUGCAUCAUAGCUCCGAAGAACGCUCAGGAUAUGGCGCGAGCCGUUGCAGCAAUUCGGGAAUCAAACACGACUCGUUUUGCUAUCAAGUCAGGCGGACAUUCCCCCAAUACCCUUUUCUCCAGUAUAGAGGACGGUGUUUUGAUCUCGACGAGGAACCUGAAGCAGAUAACCUACAAUGAGCAGUCCCAAACUGCCGUCCUUGGACCAGGUCUGAAGUGGGAAGAGGCCGUGGGUGGAUUGAAAGACAAGGGCCAAGUCGUCGUGGGUGGUCGUCUGGGGGGAAUUGGUGUUGGCGGUCUUCUUCUAGGAGGUGGCUUGAGUUUCCUCAGCAGCCAGUAUGGUUGGGCAGCAAACAACGUUGUGAACUUUGAGGUAGUCCUUGCAAAUGCAACCAUCGUAAAUGCAAAUGCUACAUCGAACCCUGAUCUUUAUGCCGUCAUGAAAGGCGGCUCUGGCAAUUUUGGAAUCGUUACAGCAUUUACGGUUAAAACACACCCGCAAGAUCCGGAGAUCUGGGGUGGAACAAUGUUUUAUAGCGGGAACUACAGCCAUGAACUCACACAGGCCAUAAGAGACUUUGCAGAAUACAACACCGACGACAAGGCCUCAAUUAUCGGGACUAUAAAUCGCAACCCUUCGCUGUUAUGGGUUAUAUUCUUGACCUAUAAUGGGCCUACCCCCCCAGACGAUGUAUUCCGCAACUUCACCCAGGUCCCAGCUAUCCGAAACUUGACCAAGAAACAGAGUUACCACAGCCUGAUGCUUGCGAAUGAUCAAUUCAUCACUCACGGCAAAAGAUUCGCUAUCGGUGCCGAAACGAGCGUUCAUCCGACUGGUCCAAAUGGCCCUGCGGUUUUCCAAUCCUUCAUCGACCACUGGAACAACAUCACCGAUAGCUUGACUAGCGUUCCUGGGAUGGCGAGCUCGCUGGCUCUCCAGCCAUUGCCACGUUCAAUCACCACGAAAGCCAAAGAGUCAGGAGGUGACGUUGUGGGCUUCGACCCGAAGUAUGACUACAUGCUCCUGCAGAUAGCUGUAUCAUAUAACAACUCUGCAUCUGACUCUAUAGUCGAAGACGGGGCCCGCCGAUACUAUACUGGCCAGCGGCAGAUGAUAGACCAGUUCACGCAAGAAGGAAAGCUACCAAGCGCAUAUACUCCUCUUUAUUUGAACGAUCUGAACGCCUGUCAAGACUUCUGGGGCCGCAUAUCUCAAGCAACAAGAGAUAAAGCCCUGGCUGUCAGACGUGCGGUUGACCCCAAACAAUUUUUCCAGAAACGGGCUACUGGUGGCUUCCACCUUGGUUGA